GUUCUUCCCAAGGAGUACGGCGGCAAGGCCGAGCUGCGGCCUAUCGACGAGGCGGCCCGCGCCUUCAAGCUGCCCCCCUACAAUGCCGCGGCCACGUCAGCGCCAGAGGAGCCCGAUGCGGCCCUCGAGGUCAGCGACGGGCCGCAACCGUCUAAGGCGGGGGCUUCGGUAGGCAGCGGCGCGGGCGCGGCGGCGGUGCCGGCGUAG